CAGACAAACAUGCUCAUGGAUGUGCUUUAUGAAUAAAAAACUUAAUUUGAAAUUAUUCAACUUUGCUCAUUUCUACACAAGUAGUUUAUCAAAAUCAUAUUCAUUUACCUUUAACUGGUAUAUCAUUCACCUCGCAAAACGACUUUCGAAAACUGUUUAACGUUCAGUGAAUAUGUGAGCAAGAUAAUAUUGGAAGUUUGUAAACGGAAUUUCAUAAAUCGUUGCAAUAGAUCAUACAACAACAAUAUAAAUGUCUGGACUUCUUUUCCAAUCUGUCUGGGUGGAUGAGACAAGAAUGAAACAAAGACGGAUGAUACAAGCGUGAAACAGAGAGAGAUAGCGGAUAACAGUGUGCCCAGAAGAUGGUGUCGAUUGAAUCAGAUCAAAGUACAAUGAGCGACGAGCUAGAUAUUCGAUGGUGCAAGCCUUGCAUAGUAUCCAAAAGAGAGAGUAAAGCUACGAUGUAUUGCAAGGAGUUUGAUAAUUACCUUUGCGAAGAAUGCUACGGUUAUCAAAAACAGACGAUGAACAAGUUACACGAUACUGUUGAUGUUAUGGAAAAGUUAAAGAUUGCCAUAAUUUAUUGCGACCCAUGUAAAGAAGGAAAAAUUGACAAGACUGCCCAGUUGUUUUGUCCAAUUUGUGACGAAUACCUUUGCGACGCUUGUGUUGAAACUCAUAAAAUGAUGAAAAGUACAAAAACGCACGUUCCGAUCGCGAAAGAACUUGUUGAAGAUCAAACCAAAAUGUCCGACGAAAUACUUAUAGAAUGCGAACCUUGUAAACUAGGCAAUAAGCGACAAAACGCCAAGAAGUUUUGCCAUGAAUGUAACGAAUAUCUUUGCACAAGUUGUGUCAUUCUGCAUCAGCGCGCAAAAUUGACAAAAUCUCACUUGCCGAUUGCGAUAGAACUUGUUGAAGAGCAAUCUAAACUGUCCGACGAAAUACUUAUAGAAUGCGAACCUUGUAGACUAGGCAAUGAGCGACAACGCGCCAAGAAGUUUUGCCAUGAAUGUAACGAAUAUCUCUGCGCAAGUUGUGCCAUUCUGCAUCAGCGCACGAAAAUGACUAAACGGCACGCGCCAGAAUCUAUUGAAAAUCUUCAAAAAAGGUCAUCUUUAAGAAAGCACUUUUGUCAUCCUUGCUCUGAUGAGACUCAAGAGGAGGCAGCCAUGUUCUGUGAAACGUGCGAAGAAUAUCUCUGUGAGCACUGCGUAGCUUACCAUAAAAAGCAAAAGGCAACAAAAGCACACAUCUUAACGUCCGAUCUAGGCAUCGGAGAUACAGAUAGAGACAAAGACAUCCCCUGUGAGAUUUGCAUGCUUACAGAGACAUAUUCUCUCUCUGAAAACUUUUGCGUCGAAUGCGAGGAGCAUCUUUGUAAACAAUGCACGGAAGUUCAUCUGAAAAGAAAGACAACCAAAAAUCACCAGAUAUCAAAGAACAACAAAGAAAUAAAGUUAUCCAAUGUCGUAGACUGCACUGUCUGUCAAGAUGCUGGCUGUAUGUCAAAAGCAGUAAAGUACUGUCGUGACUGUAUUGAAUAUAUGUGCGAAAAAUGCAUGGCGAUGCACCAAAGAAAUAAAUUAAUGAAAGUCCACAAUUUGAUCCCCAGUGAAGAAAUGACAGAAACGGCGUGUGAGACUUGUGAAAAGUGUGAUGCUGUGGCUUAUUGCAUAAAAUGCGAUGAAAUGCUUUGCUGGCAAUGCAGAUCGAAGCAUAAUAAUACAAAGAAAUACAACGACCAUGAGCUGGCUCCAGUAAACAUAGACUAUUGCGAUGAAACCAGUUUGUAUUGCAAACCAUGUGAAGAAAGGGAUAUUCAAGAAUUGGCCUGCGCAUUCUGCCUUGAUUGCGACCGUGAACUUUUUGCUCAGAAUGCGCGAAAAAACACAGAGCUAGAAUGAAAACACAGAGCCAUUAUGUGGUUAUGGAUAUUGCGAAAUUUGAAGAAGAAGAAAAGAAAGAUGAUGCGCAAAGCCACAAGAACAAGUCCAAAAGUAUACAUCGUCGCGUACAAGCGUCGCCAAAAGAAAACGAUGAAUUUACCCGGCCUGGAAAGCCUGUAUCAACGGAAACAGGAUCUGAUUUCAUCGUUUUAUCGUGGGACACGCCAUCGAACUUUCAGGAUGGAAAUUACUACCAAGUUUCAAUAAAAGAUGUCGAUCAAAAUAGCAAAUGGAAAUUGUAUCACAAAGAUUUCACUACCGCAAUUGGUAAAAUAGAAUACAUUACGUCCAACACAAGGUUUGUAUUUAGAGUCAGAGUUAUCCAAGAGAAUGGGGAAGGAUUAUACAGUCCGGAAAGCGAUGUGAUUAUAACGUUUCCAUCCCCAGCGUCAGGAUUAGUUAAUAUUUCUACAAAAGUGGACGGCGAAAACCCGACAAUAUAUGCUUUACCGGUGACUGAAAACAGAAAAGCACGAGAUGAGACUGCAAAAUUGAGACAAUUUUGGCUUGGAUCACCAUCAUUAGUUGAGACAAAAGAGAGAACGAUCAUGUUUUUUGGAGCAUCUGGAACUGGAAAAAGCACGAUGGUUAACGGGUUUGUAAACUACAUACUUGGCGUAAAUUGGGAUGACCCUUUCCGGUUCACAAUUAUUGACUUUGAAGAAGAAGAAAAACAGAGGGAAACUAACCAGGCUCUUUCGCAAUCAGAGUGGAUAACUCGGUAUACCAUUUUCCCGGAAAAGGGUAGCAGGGUGUCCUACUGCUUGAAUAUAAUUGAUACACCGGGGUUUGACGAUAGAAGAGGCCUUUAUAGAGAUGAAGAAAUAGUUGAGCAAAUUCGACAACUCUUUUCUGCAAAGCAACCAAAGGGAGUCUGUGUUAUUGAUGCAAUUUGCUUCCUGAUGAAGGCGCCGGAUGCUCGCUUUACGGCCGUCCAAAGUUACACUUUUCAGUCGAUUAUGUCGCUUUUCGCAAACGAUAUUGAAGGCAACAUUUGCUCGCUGAUAACGUUUGCUGACGGCAUUGAUCCCCCAUGUCUCGCAGCGUUGAAAGAAUCCCACCUUCCGUUUGGAGAGUAUUUUACCUUUAAUAACUCUGGCCUGUUUGCACCUAAUGUAGGCCCCAUAAGCUUAGCGCCAAUGUUUUGGGAUAUGGGAAUUAAAAGCUUUCAGCACUUCUUUUCUCAUCUUGAGCAAGGGAAACCAAAAAGUCUCCAACUUACAACAGACGUCCUCGACGGAAGAAUCAGGUUUGAACACACCGUGAAGAAUCUACAACCACAGCUUGAUGCUGUUAUUCUGAAAAUAAACCAAAUGAAUCAAGAAAUCGCAAUCAUCGACAGAAACAAGUCAACUUUAAAAGAUAAUGCGGAUUUCAUAUGCGCUUUUAAACAGACUCAACAAAAAAGAAGGGAGCUGCCCCCUGGUCAACUUGCUACCAAUUGCACUCAUUGUCAUUUUACUUGCAAUAAAAAUUGUGAUCUUCAAGAUGACGUCCGUAAGAGUUGCCGUAAGACUAUGGACGGUAAUGGCUUCUGCACUGUUUGUCCAGCCAAAUGCAAAUGGGACAAGCAUGCUAAAUUACCGUACAUAAUUGACAACGUCACUGUCACAGUACAAAAACCCUACCGUGACAUGCAAAAGAAGUAUCAAGAAGCUGCAGGAAAUUUGCCGACUCAAGAGCAGAUUGUCGAAAAAAAGACCGAAGAGCUCAAUCACAUGAUUGAUGACGCUGAAUUUCUUAAAACUUCAGUGAAGGAGUGUUAUGAAAGAUUGAACGCAAUUGCAUUGAGGCCGAACCCUUUAUUUAUGACUGAACACAUUGACUUGCUGAUUGAAAACGAAACGCUUAUGAAGAAGGACGGAUUCAGUGAAAGAAUCAACACAUUGAACGAAUUCAGAAAGAAAGCAAUGAUUAUGUCAGAUGCCACGAAAUAUACGAAAGUGGCACAAACAGCCAUGCGCAAUGCAGAGGUUAAGAAGAAUCGGUCUCUUUUUAAAUAAAUGGUGUAGUAAGAGCUAGGUCCAGUCCAAGACAUCAUUAAAUAAGUGGUGAUAAGGUCAUCAGUGGGAAAGAAAUGUAGAGAGAACAUUAUUGUUGAUAGAUUACUUAGUAGAAGGUCAGCAGGGAAAAACAUAACGUUAUUGUGGAUAUUGUACUUCGAUUCAAAAUUAAAUAUUUCUUUUCCUGCGAUAAAAGGAUACAUACGAUUAUAGUUGUAUGCUUUGCUAAAGAACACAAUACUUUUUUGAAUAAUGUAACAUCGAUGUAUUACUGUUUUAAGUGUGUUUUUUGUCCGCCUUCUUUAUACUAAUCCAUGAACGGAUAGACGUGUCGUCCAAGGUGAUAUGCAAACAAUCAAACAUCAUUAACAAAUGUUGUUAAUUUGUUCUUGGAGGCAUUAUGUGUAUGAUUCUGUGCUGUUCGUUAAAAUGGACAAAAAGACCUAUUUUGCUGUGAAUUUUUGUAUUGUUAUUAAAACAUUUAAAACAUCUCUGCUUUAGAUAAACUUGUUUCAUUUAUAAUUAUUGUGUUAAACUGUUCUUGCUUAAUUGUUUUAAAGUGAUUUUAUUAUAUUAAUUAUAUUAACUACUUCAAUUUAUUUAGUACACUAAAUGGAAUUCAUUAAUUAAGGACAUUGGAAUGAAUUAAUCAAGGAUAUUUUUAAAUAAGUAUUCAAGCUUAUAAGUGUAGUGAUUUGUACUAAGUUUUAGUAUAUUGUUUCUGUUUAUAUAGUUUUGAUAUAUAUAUACAAUUAGAAAAAAUCAUAUAUGAAGUUUUUUUCUAACAACAAGUUAAUUAAUUUUUGUGACAGUAUGAGGAUUGGUUCAAAUAUGCUGUCUUCUUAAUUUAGCCUAUUAUAGAAAUGAGAAUAUUCGGCUGGGAACGAGAUAUUAUACAAACUUUUUUUGAUGACUGUGAAAUUAUAUUGGAAUCAAUUUUGAAAGUAAAACGAGAUGGCAUGCAACUUUAUUUUGAGUGUUUUCAUUUGCAGACAUUCUGGGGGAAAAUUAUAUUUUUCAUAGAGUAUAGUAAUGGCUUACUGACCAUGAAUUUUUUUUUUACUUGGUCUAUUCAUCAUAAUUAUAUAACCAGAUCAUACACAUAAAGCAUAAUCAUAUAACUGGAUGCUUUUAUGAAUUACUAUUAUUUUCGUUAGUUAUUCGAAAUCCAUAACUUGUAUAUAAGGUUUAAAUAACAUAGCCUAUUGUGUGGUUUUAUUGUGUGUUUCACAUACUGUAAAACUAUGGUCGUUUUUGAAAGUAUCUUUUAUGUUCAAAAAGGUUAAAUGAAAUUUGGCGGAGGCAUCUCGCUACUGACGCCAUAACAAUUCUAAAAGUUAUUUAGAAAGAUUAAAUGAAAUUUGGCGGAGGUACCUUGCUACUGAUAGCAUAUCAAUGUUUUUGAAAUUCAGAAAAUAUAGAGAAAAAUGAAAAAAUCCACUUAAAGUCAGAAGUAGGAACAUCCGAAGAACUAUUUUUCAAUGGAAAAUGCAACAACUUAUUGACAAAUAUCAAAUAUAGGUUAUUUUUAAAGUCUCAAGCAUUUGGUCAUCUGUUUUGAAUGUUUAUAUAUACCAAACGUAAACCAUGUUGGCUGGAUUUACUUUAUGUGAUACCCUCUCAAACAAAUAUUUGAAAACUUUGCACUUAACCCAAAACAGUUUUUGCCGGAUCAGAUAUGACCAAUUAAAGCCAAAUUUAUAAUUAGAUGAAUGGAACUCAUUUUGUUUAUGACCCAUGGUUUACAGUUUGUUAAACAAAAAUAAAAUAGCCAGCUUUUGUGUGAGUGACUGCGCGUUUCGCACGCAAUUUGUAUUUGUUAUUUGCUUAGUUAUAAAACCUCAUUACCACCAACGUUUUGCAUGAAUGAGUUGUGUUAGUAAUUUGAAUUCCGUAUAUGCUUAGCUGUAUAACCUUUUUAUAACCUGCUGUUUAAAUGAAUGAAUGAUGGAAUGUAAGUUUUGUACGCAAGAUGCUAGUUUUUAUAGUACUUCGAAUUCCAUAUCUUACUCCUAUUUGUCUUGUUUGCGUUUUUCGGUGAAUAACACUCUUUAUUCUAAUAAUAUGUCUUUUCAAUACGCAAGCUGUUAGUUUUGAUAGUAAUUCGAAUUCCAUAUCGUACUCGUUUUUGUCUUCUUUGCGUAUUUGGAUGAAUUACACUCUUCAAUCUAAUAAUAUGUCUUUGUAAUACGCAAGCUGCUAGUUUUGAUAUUGAUUCGAAUUCCAUAUAUUACUCGUAUUUGUUUUCUUUGCGUUUUUUGAUGAAUUUCAAUCUUUAUUCUAAUGUUAUGUCUUUGGAAUUGUUAAAGAAUAACAUUUAAGUAGUUGCCGAAGUUAACUUCUAAUUUUUUUGCAACAUCGGUAUAUGUUAGGUAUAAUGUAUGUUUAUAGUUGAGUCAAACGUUGCUAUUAUAUUAUUGAAGAAAAACGGUGUUGUAUACACUAUAUAUCAUAUCUCAUGCUUAAGAAUACUGUUUUCAAAAUUGUUUCUUGAUUGAAAAAUAAUAUAACAAACAACAACAACGAACAUUUCUAAGAAAAGCUGUUGAUAAACAAUAUCGUGAAUGUAUAUAAAUUUGCAUUAAAACCUUAAAAGAACGUUAAGCUAUGUUGACAUCUUUUUUUUUCGGAGAACUGAUAUGACAUGAUAUUAUAUAAUGAAAACACAUUUGGACAAAGUCGUGUUGGGAAGUCGGCAGCCUAUGUUGAAAUAAACAUUUGCAGUGAUGGCUAAAAAACAUUCAGCUAUGUCGUCAUUUAAUCUUUCAGAUAUUUUGAUGAACUUGAUAUUGUUUCUCUGUAACAUGAACAAAUGUAUGUUUUUGUUAGCU